GGAGUUUUGCAAAUCCCUUAUUCCCAGAGAGCUGCUUCCAUAAAAAUACCUCAUAACUCUCUAAAACAUGAACUUUUCUUAGAGACUACUACCCCAGUAUCUCUUCCUACCUGCUGACUCCUUGCUACCCUAUGUCCCAGACCUUACUUUCCCUUUGCUAGAGGUUGAGGCCUACUGGGUUGAGGGAACAGGAUGAUGCCUCUGUGGCCUAGCAUCUGUGGCCUCUCUCCACCACGGAUCUUCCCUUCAUUGCUUGUGGUAGUAGCCUUGGUGGGGCUUCUACCUGUUCUCAGGAGCCAUGGCCUCCAGCCCAGCCCUACUGCCAGCACCAUCCGGGGCUCAGAACCACCACGGGAACGCUCCAUUGGGGAUGUCACCACCGCCCCUCCAGAAGUCACCCCAGAAAGCCGCCCUGUUAACCAUUCUGGCCAUGAACAUAGCACAAAGCCACGAAAGCCCUUUCCAGUCCUGAGCAUUGACUACGGGCAUGUGCGCACACCCUUCGAGAUUGCCCUCUGGAUCCUGCUGGCCUGUCUCAUGAAGAUAGGUUUCCAUGUGAUCCCCACCAUCUCUAGCAUCGUCCCCGAGAGCUGCCUGCUGAUCGUGGUGGGCCUGCUGGUGGGAGGCCUGAUCAAGGGCGUGGGUGAGAAGCCGCCACUCCUGCAGUCGGACAUCUUUUUCCUCUUCCUGCUGCCACCCAUCAUCCUGGACGCGGGCUACUUCCUACCACUGCGGCAGUUCACAGAGAACCUGGGCACUAUCCUCAUCUUUGCCGUGGUGGGCACGCUAUGGAAUGCCUUCUUCCUGGGCGGCCUCAUGUAUGCCGUGUGUCUGGUGGGUGGUGAGCAGAUCAACAACAUUGGCCUGCUGGCCAACCUGCUCUUUGGCAGCAUCAUCUCAGCUGUGGACCCUGUGGCCGUGCUUGCUGUCUUUGAGGAGAUCCACAUCAAUGAGCUGCUACACAUCCUUGUCUUUGGGGAAUCUCUGCUCAAUGACGCUGUCACUGUGGUUCUGUACCACCUCUUUGAGGAGUUUGCCAACUACGAACAUGUGGGCAUUGUGGACAUCAUUCUCGGCUUCCUCAGCUUCUUCGUGGUGGCCCUUGGCGGGGUGUUUGUGGGCGUGGUCUAUGGGGUCAUCGCAGCCUUCACCUCCCGAUUCACCUCCCACAUCCGUGUCAUCGAGCCGCUCUUCGUCUUCCUCUAUAGCUACAUGGCCUACCUGUCAGCUGAGCUAUUCCACCUGUCCGGCAUCAUGGCACUCAUUGCCUCAGGAGUGGUGAUGCGCCCCUAUGUGGAAGCCAACAUCUCCCACAAGUCCCACACGACCAUCAAGUACUUUCUAAAGAUGUGGAGCAGCGUCAGUGAGACUCUCAUCUUCAUCUUCCUUGGUGUCUCCACUGUGGCUGGUUCCCAUCACUGGAACUGGACCUUUGUCAUCAGCACCCUGCUCUUCUGUCUCAUCGCUCGAGUGCUGGGUGUGCUGGGCCUGACCUGGUUCAUCAACAAGUUCCGCAUAGUGAAACUGAGUCCCAAGGACCAGUUCAUCAUUGCCUACGGGGGCCUGCGAGGGGCCAUUGCGUUCUCCCUGGGCUACCUCCUGGACAAGAAGCACUUCCCCAUGUGUGAUCUGUUCCUCACUGCCAUCAUCACCGUCAUCUUCUUCACCGUCUUUGUGCAGGGCAUGACCAUUCGGCCCCUGGUAGACCUGUUGGCUGUGAAGAAAAAGCAAGAAACAAAGCGCUCCAUCAAUGAGGAGAUCCACACACAGUUCCUGGACCACCUUCUGACAGGCAUCGAGGACAUCUGUGGCCACUACGGUCACCACCACUGGAAAGACAAGCUGAACCGAUUUAAUAAGAAAUAUGUGAAGAAGUGCCUGAUAGCUGGCGAGCGCUCCAAGGAGCCCCAGCUCAUCGCCUUCUACCACAAGAUGGAGAUGAAGCAGGCGAUCGAGCUGGUGGAAAGCGGGGGCAUGGGCAAGAUCCCCUCCGCUGUGUCCACUGUCUCCAUGCAGAACAUCCAUCCCAAGGCCCUGCCUGCUCAGCGCAUUCUGCCAGCACUGUCCAAGGACAAGGAGGAGGAGAUACGCAAAAUCCUGAGGAACAACUUGCAGAAGACCAGGCAGCGGCUGCGGUCCUACAAUAGGCACACGCUGGUGGCAGAUCCCUACGAGGAGGCCUGGAACCAGAUGCUUCUCCGGAGACAGAAGGCCCGGCAACUGGAGCACAAGAUCAAUAACUACCUGACAGUACCGGCCCACAAGCUGGACUCGCCCACCAUGUCUCGGGCUCGCAUCGGCUCAGACCCUCUGGCGUAUGAACCAAAGGCAGACCUGCCUGUUAUCACCAUCGACCCAGCCUCCCCACAGUCACCCGAGUCUGUGGACCUGGUGAACGAGGAGCUGAAGGGCAAGGUCUUGGGGCUAAGCCGGAAUCCAGUGAGCGUGGCUGAGGAUGAUGAGGAUGAUGAUGGCAUUGUGAUGAGGACCAAGGAGGCUUCGUCCCCAGGCACUGAUGAUGUCUUCACACCUGGGCCCAGCGACAGCCCUAGCUCCCAGAGGAUACAGCGCUGCCUCAGUGACCCAGGCCCCCAUCCUGAGCCUGGGGAGGGAGAGCCUUUCAUCCCCAAGGGACAGUAA